AUUUUAGGGCUCUUUGCUGUGGUUAUGGAGAAGCCGGGGCAUCUCAAGGCGGUGGACGGGGUGCUGCUUACAGCUCAUGAGGCGGAGCACAUUGUGGAGAAUCUCAAGUGUUUCUCGGUGAAAGAGGUGGGAUGUCCUGCGUGGAUGAAGCAACACCGGAAGCUAGAAAAGCUUAAUCUCCAGGCCCAUUAUAACACUAUAGCUCACUGUGACGAGUUCAUUAUGGAGGCUUUGCUUUCGUUUGAAAAGCUAGGAGUUUUGAUUCAUGAGCUUCUUGCUAUCGAGAUCUGGAAAGAGAAGGUCUUGCCUCAUAUAAUGAAGCACUUGGCUGGAAUGUCAUCUACAAUAAGGCUGAGCCUGAUUUUCUAUCAGGAAGUAACAGUUAUAAAGUUGUUUGAGAUCAUGCUCUUUCACAAGGAAGCGUGUAAAGCACUGGGUAGCAGCAACCUUCUUGAGCUUGUUGAUUAUUGCUAUCGAAAACUGGUGUAUCUCAACACAAAUGCUUCAAAAGACGCCGCUUAUAAAGAAAGAACUGCCCAGCAAGUCAUGUCUCUAAAGCCAGAACUUGAGAUGGAAGAAAAGGCUGGCGAGAUACAGUUUGGCUGUGCCAUCGCGUCCUUGACAAUUUUGCGGUACAUGCUGUCUGCUGUUGCUGAUAACAUAAAACGUACUUCAGCGAUUAUGUCAAUGAUCUUCCUCCAGGAGUGAUGGCCCGGCUGAUUGACACGCAUGAUGUGAUUAUGGGGCUUGUCAA